AGAAAGAGAGAGAGAGAGAGAAGAGUACAGGUGCAGAGCGUGUCGUUUUCAGGUGUAGAAUGCAGCGAUACGAAACGCGGUGCUCGUCCGCGACGAGGCGAUGAGCAGGCUGAAUGGAGUCCGAGGAAGCCUCAGAGCCCCCUGGGGCUCCGACCAAUGUUCCCUCGUCAGAGUGCUGCAGCGAGAUGAACCGUAGUCGCGCGUUACAGCCAAUCUAGACUCUCUCAGCUGGUCAGAAUUUUCCAGCAAAAGAAGAAGCCUUGAGAAAGGGGAGAAGAAGAGAAAUCACGAAGAAAAGCGAACCAACGAAACCAAGAGGAUUCUCUUCAGCGCGUAUCUAUUACACGAAUUUGUUAAGCAAGAGGUGUUCGACCACCUGCUUUUUAUACAGCCUACGGAGAAUUUUCAAAAGAAAAGAAGAAGAAAAGAAGAGAGAAUUCCUUAUCAAACUGACACACGACGGCCUGAUCAACAAGCUCUUCCUAUUAAAGACGCGCACAAGCUGCCCUCGAGACGACAGAAUCCUAUUUAAUAUGACAGUAGAUCUCGCGACGAAGGUCGAUCGACGCGCAGCAGCGUACAAUCCUGAGCAACGAAGAUUGAUCAAGUGUAGGAUUAUCGGUUAGGGUGAAAGAUUAGAAGAGAAUAGACAAUAGUGAAGAAGGAUGGCUGCACCGGUGAUAGAGAAGAAGCGGUUCUUCUGCCGCGAAUGGGCUUUCAUCAAGCUGUCCCAUUGCUUGGAGCAGAGGCCUGCCUCGAAGACAUGCGGUGCAUUGAUAGUAGGUGGUCCAGGGAGUGGAAAAACAGCGCUAUGCGCUGAACUCGCCUGGCCUUCGACCGGUGCGAAUGCUAGACACCAGAGAUCUUUGAACAGGAGGCUACUCGCAAGGCAUUUCUGCCAAGCCAGAAGCGAGACUUCCUUGUCGCCUGCUCAAUUCGUCAGAUCUCUGGUGGCACAGCUUCUGCACGCUAGCUCCGAUGGGAUUCACAGAGCGUCGCCGAGUUCACCGACACCGAGCAACGCUACCAAGACCACCGAUGCCACGACAGUGCCGAUGACAUCGAGGGAGGCAGUGGCAGAAGCUUACGCGGAGAAGCUCAGAACCGAUCCAGAGAUACAGGCCGCGUUGCAGCCAGACGUACUCGACAGAGAUCCCGACGACGCGUUGAAGAAGGCUCUGCUGUUUCCUCUCUUAGAAGUGGAACCGCCGAAAAGUUGCCUGUUUCUAUUGGUCGACUCGAUCGACGAGGGACAGACGCUGAAUCCACCUCAAACUGGUACCAGAGACUCGAGAAGGGAGAACGACAACGUGAGCAGAACGAUCGCUGAAUUACUGGCCAAUCAUCAUCACCUGUUCCCUCAGUGGUUGUUGCUAGUAUGCACCGCUCGACGUCAGAGCAAAACUAUCUCGCGAAUGUUCACCGGCUUCAGGAAGAUUUCUUUGGACGAUCUGAGGAAAUCUCAAGUAGUUAGGGACGUUCAGCAGUACAUCCUUGCACGGUUGGAUCAAGAGGAUGCGCUCAGGCAGCACAUCUCACGCGACACAGCCGAGAUGCUAAACCAGUUGCACAUCAAGAGCAACGGCUGUUUCCUGUACCUGGAGAAGGUUCUCGACGGCGUGGCGGAGAACUUCAUCGUGUUGCGCGAGGUCCGCGAGAUACCAGGCACACUGAACGGUCUCUACCUGUGGCUGUGUCAAAGGCUGUUCAGCCGAAAGCAAUUUGCCAAAGUUCAACCUCUGCUAAACGUGAUCCUAGCCGCGAAGCUACCGAUCACACAGGAGAUCCUCUACAAAUGCGUGAAAACCGCUUGUACCACAAUCACCAUAGAGGAUUUCAAUCGACGUUUACAUCUUUUGCGUAGAGUCAUCUCUGUUUCACGAACCGGAGCGUUGAUGUUGUUCCAUCAUAGUUUCGCCGAAUGGUUAUUGGACGUGAAACAUUGUACGCAGAAGUAUCUCUGCUCUGCAGUAGAGGGUCACGCAAUGCUUGCUGCAUAUUACACUCUUCGUGGCCCAGAAUUGAAUCCUGACGAGAUUGGAGUGCUUGGACAACACCUGCAACGAUCCAUAACGAAUGCAGCCACGACGAAUUGUACAUUGGACGUGCACACGCUUCACGUGAUUUGGAUGAUAGGCAGCGGUGCGCCGAUCGAAGAUUGUUACCUAGAUAGCUCGGAGUGUAUCCUCUGGUCCAGGCAAGACGUGAAGCUGUUGAAGCUGCUGAUCGACGCGGGCGCCAAGCCGUCGGAGAAGGUCGUGGAAGACGAUACCAGCAAGGAUGCUGUUUCUUCUAGUCAGGUUUCGCAAGAUGUAAGCCCUAUGGAUGAAUCUCCUAGCGAACCAUUAACGGAACUGCUCGGCGAGAGCGGAGACAUCAAUCAAGCUGAUUCUUGCGGGCGAACAGUGCUACACACGCUCGCUGCAGACGGUAAUGCAUCUCUGCUGGAGCUAGCACUCGCAACGUGUCCUCAGGCAAAAUUGGAGGCCACAGAUAGGCAUGGUCAAACACCGUUAAAUCUAGCUGCAAGGCACGGUUACGCGGACGUGGUGCGUGUCCUUUUGGCUGCAGGUGCCUGUGCUGAUCAUGCAGAUUGCGACGGAUGGACAGCCCUCAGAGCUGCUGCCUGGGGUGGACAUACUCAGGUAGUCGAGAUGCUGUUGGAGCACGGGGCAAUGGUGGAUUGCGCUGACUGGGAUCAACGAACCGCGCUCAGAGCAGCCGCGUGGGGUGGCCACGAGGACAUCGUUAAAGCACUCCUCCAGCACGGCGCCGACGUGAACAGAACGGACGACGAGGGCAGAACCGCCUUAAUUGCCGCUGCCUACAUGGGUCACAGCGAGAUCGUCGAACACCUUCUAGACUUCGGCGCGGAGAUCGAUCACGCCGAUAGCGACGGAAGGACUGCCCUCAGCGUCGCCGCUCUCUGUGUCCCCUCCAAUCAUGGCUAUGCAAAAGUGGUUACAAUACUGUUGGAAAGAGGAGCCGCAGUUGAUCACCAGGAUAAGGAUGGCAUGACUCCAUUGUUGGUGGCCGCGUUCGAGGGGCACAGAGACGUUUGCGAGUUACUGCUGGAGUACGAGGCAGACGUGGAUCACUGUGAUUCCACUGGACGUACACCUUUGUGGGCAGCUGCCAGCAUGGGUCACGGUUCAGUGGUUGCUCUUCUCUUAUUCUGGGGUUGUUACGUUGACAGCAUCGAUAACGAGGGCAGGACCGUUUUGAGCGUGGCUGCUGCACAGGGUGGCACUGAUGUGGUCAAACAAUUGUUGGACAGAGGCUUGGACGAGCAACACAGAGACAAUUCAGGUUGGACACCGUUACAUUAUGCCGCAUUCGAGGGCCACAUCGACGUAUGUGAAGCGCUAUUAGAGGCUGGAGCAAAAAUUGACGAAACUGACAAUGAUGGAAAAGGUGCUCUGAUGCUGGCCGCGCAAGAGGGACACGCCACGUUAGUCGAGAGACUGCUGGAGCAACACGGUGCGCCAAUCGAUCAACAUGCUCACGAUGGAAAGACUGCCCUCAGACUAGCAGCUUUGGAGGGACAUUAUGACACUGUCAGAGUACUAUUGACUCACAAUGCAGACGUGAAUGCAAAAGACGCUGAUGGAAGAAGCACUCUUUAUAUCCUUGCUCUGGAGAACAGACUAGCUAUGGCGCGAUUCUUGUUAGAACAUGCGCGCGCUGAUGUGGAAAGUCGAGAUUCAGAAGGAAGAACUCCUCUGCAUGUAAGUGCUUGGCAAGGCCACGUGGAAAUGGUGGCUCUAUUACUAACAGAAGGUAGUGCCAGCGUGAACGCCUGUGACAACGAGAACAGAACUCCUUUACACUCUGCCGCCUGGCAGGGUCACGCCGCCAUUGUCAGGCUGCUCCUGGAACAUGGAGCCAUCCCUGAUCAUACUUGUAAUCAAGGCGCAACGGCUCUUGGUAUCGCCGCACAAGAAGGUCAUGAGCAUUGUGUGCGAGCACUUUUGAAUCACGGUGCUGAUCCCAGCCACUCAGAUCACUGUGGUAGGAACGCCAUCAAAGUGGCUGCCAAAAGUGGCCACGACACUGUGGUUAGGUUACUCGAAGAACACUCGGCCAAUCAACGAAGUCUAAGACCUGGUAUCAAUGGAGGUGGAAGUAGUAGCGCUACUUCGGUAACAUCGAAUUCAACAGCUGAAACGAAACCAUCAUCCGCGAUCCUGAAUCCACUGUCGACACAAUACAGUCCAGCAGAGUCGCCAGACUCGACGAAGAGAAGAAGCUGCGUGUCACUGGGCAACAAUUCUAGCAACAGCAAAUCCAGUAGCAACCUGACUGGCAGCACGAAAAGUGAUCAAGGCAAAUUCAAUCAGAACUCGAUGGUGAAUCAGGUAAUAAAAACACCAUUAUCUUUCACGCAACAACUGCAACAAUGCUCGAGGGGAGCGAAGAGCCGACCGCUCAGCAAACUUUUGUCGCCUCUGAAAAGCGAACCGCAGAGUCCCAUCUACGCUUCACCACCCCAUUCGCCACUCAGCGACAGCCUGAUACCAUAUUCACCGACGAACACGAGUCCACCGAGCGCCCAGAUCGCAGCGAACGUGAUACAGAGUCAGCUUGGAGUGUCGUUGCUAUCUGGAAACCAAAACUUACCGUACAAGGCGCAGAUUGGAGGGUACAAUCAUACACCGGCUAUUUAUGAACCCAUCAACAUAAAGACAGAGAUCAUCGAGAAGAACGAUAUCGGUAAACCGUUCGAGCUAACGAAUGAGAUGUUAGGUUUGAGCGUAACGAAAGACAAGAAGAAUGGACUAGACGAAAAGAGAAACUCAGCGGACACUCAUUUCACUAGAGAUACUCAUAUGAGGAUAAUAUUGGGGAAUAGUGGCGCUGGUGUGGGCAGAAGCGUGAAACAUGCCUCUGACCACACACCUGCCAGUGCAAGUAAUGCAAAACCAAAGCGCAAUGGCUUGGUUUCCAACCCAGCCAUGAGAUUAGUAGCAGGUGUUAGGAAUGGAAUUGAGAAUGCAACUAAUAGAAAUAAACCUAUUACAACGCGAGUUAAUGGAUUUCAGUGGAAGGCGGAGGCACGAAAGGAAACACCUUUGUAGGGACAGGUUGUAUUGUCAGAAGCAUCGCAACAGGACACCGGAAUCCGUUAUUGUGGCUGGCGAAUCGUAAUCACCAAAAAGCG